CAGAUUUUCCAGGACAGCUACCUCUAAUAAAAUAAAAUAAAAGGAUGAUCAUGGGAAUAGCUGGACAGGUGGCAACAGUAUCCAUGGACAAUAUUCUCCCUUGGGCCUGGUGGGGCUCUUUAUAAUGGAAAUCCAAUGCCAGGACUCUUCUCACCUUAUGGAGCAUGACUUGCUGGAGAACCGGGAGAUAUUCCCUCUCUGAUGACUACCAUGGAUAUACUACAGCCUAUGUCUGGACAGCAGGGUGAACAAGGUCUGCCUCUUGCCAGACAGCUACUGAUGAUAAUGGAUGUGGGAGAUGAAGAUGCUGCCAUCAAGGAAAAAGCACACAUUUUAAUUGAGGAUGUAAUCAGGGAUGCAAAAGAGCAUCUGCGAGAUUUGCAAGAAAAAGAGAGAGAAGCUGAGUACAUCAUCCAAAACAUUCAAUGGGCCUCGUGCAAGGACUUUACAGUGGAAAGGGGACAGCAGCAAAUUGAGGAAUACAUGUCACAGACGUGGGAGUUUCAUGAGAGCUGGCUUCACUGGUCAGACUACCUCCAGGAAGAAGAACUGAAGUACAGCAGAAGGUACCAUUACCGGGUUCGCUGGAGCAUCCCAACAUGUAGGAAGCCCAUUCCACGAGCAACAGCAUGCAUCUAUUUCAUCAUCGAGAUCUCCAAAAUUAAACCACCUACCUUGCCGGUUGAGGUAUUCUUCAUUUUGGAGUCAAAUAGGCUCAUUCACAGACCAGGACAGUGUCGGUUUAGAGAAAAGUGGCUCAAAGACAUCAUUGAAAGCAAGAGGAUUCUCAUGGACAGUAUAACUUUCUAAAUAAACAUUUGCUUCAGAUUAAAUCCAAUUCAAAAGGGCACCUACAAUCUGUUGGUGUUGUAUGGA